AGUACCGAUUGACCUCUCGCCAAUCGUCAUUGGGGAGCGACGGAGCGCUGUUCCUCUUCUUCCCCCAACCUCACUCCUCCGCACGAACAAGCCUCCAGGCCUCCGUCCAGCGGGCGAAGCACGCCAACUCGAAGGAUUUCUCUCUCAUAGUCGUCGCCAUCCACAUAACCCGCUCUACCGAACUGCCGAGGAGAGGAGAUCCACCUGCAUGGUCAUGGUGGAGUUCUAACUGCAGUUGGGUUUCCAGUAAUUUUGGGGGUUCAACAGUUCAACAGAACCCCCAAACCCUACGUUAGAUCCGCCCCCCUGCCGAGCUCCGCUACGUUUAUGAUAUUGUGACGGCAUCGUAGAGCCCUUCACUGCUGUGAGGCUGAGACUUCUAAUGGGCCAGAUGGUUUCCGAUGGUGUCAUCCAAGAACAGGCAGCUCGCAAUGGCGGGAUCAUUAAGAACGGGAGGGAAAUCCUAUUGCAGGCUUUUAACUGGGAAUCCCAUAAACACAAUUGGUGGAGUAAUUUAGAGGGCAGAGUUGCCGACAUUGCUAAAUCUGGGUUUACAUCAGUAUGGUUGCCUCCACCGACACAAUCGUUAUCUCCAGAAGGCUAUCUGCCACAGAACCUGUACAGCCUUGACUCUUGUUAUGGUUCUCUUCAGCAGCUAAAUUCGUUGAUUCAGAACAUGAAUGACCACAAUAUAAGGGCUAUGGCUGAUGUAGUUAUUAACCAUCGAGUUGGGACUACUAAAGGAUCAAAUGGGAUGUAUAAUCGUUAUGAUGGUAUCCCAAUAUCAUGGGACGAACAUGCGGUUACAUCUUGUUCUGGUGGGAAGGGGAACAAAAGUACUGGCGAUAACUUUGAUGGGGUUCCCAACAUAGAUCAUACCCAGCCAUUUGUAAGGAAGGAUAUUAUUGAAUGGCUGAUCUGGCUUCGGGAAACCAUUGGUUUUCAAGAUUUCCGCUUUGAUUUCACAAAAGGUUAUGCUUCGAAGUUUGUGAAAGAAUACAUUGAGGAAUCAAAGCCUCUUUUUGCAGUGGGGGAAUACUGGGACAGCUGUGAAUAUGCCCCCCCUGACAACCGUCUGAGCUACAAUCAGGAUAAACACAGGCAGAGAAUUAUCAAUUGGAUAGAUAGCACUGGAGGACUUUGCGCUGCGUUUGAUUUCACAACGAAGGGUAUUCUUCAGGAGGCUGUGAAAGGAGAGUUGUGGCGUUUGCGCGACCCUGAAGAAAAGCCGCCUGGUGUGAUGGGGUGGUGGCCUUCAAGAUCAGUUACAUUUAUUGAAAAUCAUGACACAGGGUCAACUCAGGGCCAUUGGCCAUUUCCAUCUGACCAUGUCAUGGAGUUAAAUAAUGAUCGUAGGCAUCAAAAAGUCGUUCGUCACAUUAAGAAUUUCAAGACAGGGAUAUGCUUAUAUACUCACGCACCCUGGAAUCCCCACAGUGUUCUACGAUCAUUUCUUUGAUUGGGGAGAUUCUUUCCACGAUGAAAUAGCAAAACUGAUGGAGAUUAGGAAAUCCCAAGACAUACAUAGUCGUUCAGCUGUCAAAAUUUUGGAGGCAAGCUCAAAUCUGUACUCGGCAGUAAUCGAUGAUAAGUUGUGCAUGAAGAUCGGAGAGGGCCCCUGGUGCCCAAGCGACCCAGAGUGGAAGCUGGCGGCAUGUGGAGACAGAUAUGCCGUGUGGCACAUGUAGGCAGCGACAAGCCGCAUCAGCGUGCCAUAUUUCUGCUGAAGAGAAGAUUAGCCUGGUAACUGAAGUACACCACACCAGAUUACCGCAGCAUACCUACACCUAUCUAUUAUGAAUAACGAUAUGUGUGAGUGGAACCGGGUAUUCCUGAAGAGGCGCUAAUGCCGCGCUUCUCCUGCCUGCCUAGGUUCGAGUUCUGGGACAAACCUGACGGCCACCUUACUUUAUUCAAGUGCUAAACUUCGAAAAUAGAAUAAAUUGUUAUGAGUGCACCAUGUCACUGCAUUCAUUUGGCUAGCCAAUAAUAGAGGGCAUCAUCCUAUCUCUUUAUGUAUGAAAUGCAGAAUGUACAUUUAUAAUGUGACAACUACAACAGCUGCUUGAUUA